AUCCCCAAAACUCUUGUCAAAGGCCCUCGGACAGGACUCAGCGGUUUCCUUUAAUUCUGUUAAACUCUGAUUGGAAGAUUUUACUGAAUAUAUCCUACCAAUAUGGCGAUGACUAUGUUUCUAUGUUUAGCACACAAUAAUCGCGAAAACCCCCACAUAAUCACCAAAGCUGCCGUUUUUUCCUAAAUAAUCGCAAACACAUCGAUGCUAUAUGUGGCUUUUAUCAAAGGGACAUUCGCACCACGUUAAAUAUAGACUAAGAUUGCCACUCACCGAGCAGAGAUCAUAAACCAGGUAUGGCGGACCUAAUACAUUUGGGAAAUAUAGAUGUUGUCAUCCAAAAGGACAAGCCCGGUUCGCCAACGGGCUGUUCGGAUGACGGGAACCUUGGUGGUCUCGGCGGCAUGAGUGGAUUGGGCAUGAUGGCCGCCGGGGGCAUUGACCUGGGCGACUUGGCCCAGGAGUUGGAUCACGAUGAGUUCGAUGGACCCCACAUGCUGAAUGGUGAACGUCCUGCGAUUAUUGCUCCACCCGAAAGCGAAUGGUACCAUGGACGACUGGAUCGUUACUCGGCAGAGUCCCGUCUGCGGGGCAGCAGUAAACUGGGCAGCUAUUUAGUUCGUGAAAGUGACCGCAAGCCUGGCUCCUAUGUUCUAAGUUAUUACGGGCGCACCGGCAUAAACCAUUUUCGGAUCACAGCCGUGUGCGGAGACUUCUACAUCGGUGGACGACAAUUCAUUUCCUUGAGCGAUCUCGUGGGCUACUACACCUCAUGUAGCGACCUACUGAAGCGCGAACGCUUGGCCAUACCAGUGGCUCCGCCGGAGCCAGUUAACGAUAAGAAGCGCGUCGUAGCCAUCCUGCCUUACACAAAAAUGCCAGAGACCGAUGAACUGAGUUUCCAAAAAGGUGAUAUUUUCUUCGUACACAAUGACAUGGGCGAUGGCUGGCUGUGGGUGACUGCCCAUCGCACUGGCGAGCAGGGAAUGAUUUUCAGGGAGCUUGUCGAUGAUCUGGAUGUAUCCAUCGACCCGAAUACCGUCUUCCCCUGGUUUCAUCCCAAUUGCACCAAAAACGAAGCCGUCGAUAUGUUGGUUAAAGCUGGACCGGGAAGUUUCCUGGUUCGACCCAGUGACAACUCGCCGGGGGACUACUCCCUGUUUUUCCACAUUAACAACCAGAUCCAACGCUUUCGCAUCGAGAAGAAGGGCGUGCGCUACUUGAUGGGAGGCCGUACGUUCGAAUGCCUGGAUGCGGUGAUAAAUCGCUAUCGAAAGGAGCAGAUCGUCGAGGGUCACUCACUCAAUCACCCGGUUGUCAAUGGCAUUCAGCCCGAGUUCAACCAGCAGUAUGUGGUGGAAAAGGCCGCCGAGAAGAUAUAUGCCACACUACGCGAGUGCCGCGACCAAAUCGGCCUUAAGAAGAUCAAGGGCAUCAAACACCACGGGCAUUUGAACAAGAAGUCGGAUAAAACGACGAAGUGGAAGCAACUUUACUUCGCCCUGAUCAACGAUGGCUCUGAGACGCAACUCUGCUUCUACGACAAUCCGAAGAAGACCAAGCCGAAGGGUCUGAUCGAUUUGUCAUGUGCUUACCUCUAUCAGUGUCACGAUUCGCUGUGGGAGCGUCCGUAUUGCUUUCAAAUUGUCGAACGGGCCCUGCCCUGCUUGGCCACGGUGACAUAUCUGUGUGCUCCUAGUCAGGAAAGCUACGUGGAGUGGAUCAACUCCCUGAAGGCCCAGUGCGACUCGCAGCUGAGUCGGGCCCAGAAGAAGGUCUCACGUCUGCGCGAGCUGCGUUGUCUUAAUCUGCAUGUGCUAGAAGCCCAUCGCUUACCAUUUAAAUUAGUGCCACAUCCAUACUGCAGUAUUUCGCUAAAUCAAGUCAAGGUGGGCAAGACACGAGUCAAAAUUGCCCCCGAACCCGUUUGGGAGGAGGAAUUCGUACUGGACGAUGUCCCUCCAGAUGUAGUUUCCUUAACCAUUACUCUAAUUUCACGCGGCAAACGAGGCAAAGACUCCGAGGUGGCCGAGCUAACCAUUGACUUGUCCACUCUGAAGAAUGGCCAGGAGACUGAGGGCUGGUACCAACUCACCGGCAUGACGCCCAUGGGUGAAUGGGGCUCGUUGCGCUUGCGAAUGCGUUACCUCGACGAUCUGAUAAUGCCAUGUGAGGAGUACAGUCCUCUGCAGCAACUGCUCCUCGAAUCGGAGCUGUAUGCAGUGAAGGCACUGGCCGAACUCUGUCACAACGAUCGGGUUCCUUUGGCCACGGCGCUGCUGCGCGUCUUCCGGCAGGAGAAACGGGAGACGGAGCUAAUUCGAAUGCUGUGCCAGGCGGAGGUUACCCGCGAAAACGAGACCACGACGCUUUUCCGUGGCGCUUCGUUGGCCACCACACUAAUGGAUCUAUAUAUGCGCACCGAAUGCAGUGGCUUCCUGCAGUCGGCCGUCAGCGAAACUGUGCAGCGCAUUUUGGAGAGCAAGCAGUCGGCGGAAUUGAAUCCCACGAAAAUGGACGUCAACGACGAUGCCUGCACGAAUGCAGAGUUCCUGCUGCAGAUCCUCGAUCUGGUCACCCAGUCGAUAUUCACUUCGCCGGACGCCUGUCCCCGGAAUGUGCGCUUCAUUUGCUGCUGCCUGCAGAAGGCUGUGAUGGCCAAGUGGCCGACCGAGCGGCUGGUUCGCACCCGCGUCGUCUCUGGCUUCAUAUUCUUGCGCCUUCUGUGCCCGGCCCUGCUGAAUCCACGCCAGUUUGGCCUGGUCAGCGAGACGCCACCGAUGGCGGCCACACGUUCCUUGGUCAUGGUCGCCAAGUGUCUGCAGAAUCUGGCCAACUUGAUUGAAUUUGGCGGCAAGGAGCAAUACAUGGAGGUGGUCAAUCCGUUUAUCUUGAAGAACAAGGAACGCAUGAUUGUUUUCUUGGACCAACUGUCCUCCGUUAACGAUCCGAAUCAACCGCUUGGAAUGUUUGUCGAACAGAGUACAAAUCUUAAUUCACAGGACACAGGACGCGAGCUGGCUACCUUACAUCACAUCUGUGUCUCACAUUCGCAAGAACUGCACGAGCUAUCCAACAUUCUCUCAAUUAAAAAGCUUGUCACUGUUACGGACAUGUUGACCAAGCACAAACUGAAGUACCGCGAGAUGAUCAGCUAAAAGAAAGACCGGAUGCGAAGACCGGAUAAUAAACGCGACGUCUUCUUAUCUCUACAAGUCCCUUCAUACCUUUUUAUAAAAAUAUAUUUAUAUGUGUAUACUAUUAGGAAUACAUAAUAUAACAAUAAGAACUCAUAAUAACUGGUUGAGAAUUGUAUUGGAAUAGUAAACAGAAUAUCAUUUAUAAAAAUUAUUUAUAUGAAAUGAAAUAAUAUUUAACAGACCGGUAUGCAUUUAUUUAUUAUUAGUAUCAUUAAACCUACUCAUAAUACACACUAGCUUACACGGAGUACUCCGUAUAGCCGCAAACUCAGAUAUUAGACAUGGUUUUGCUUUUGAUAUUGUGUGACAUUUAGAGAGCAUUUGUGUCGAGUGCGUCACAAUGCAACAACUUUUAUGCCCAAAUCCAAACACUUUUUUUUCGAAAAAUAAAGCAUAAAAUCGAAAUAAAUUAAUGAAUUUAAAAAGAGUGCAAAAGACUUCCUCUGAAAAUA